GAAUGCUAUUGUCAUACGUCCACUAAGUUCGCCUCUCACCCACGCCCAUUCUCUACCAGUAUGACCAUAGUCUCAAACGACCCCACUUUGUGGCCGGCCAUCGAAGAAUAUCGUUUUUUCAGCUAUUUUGUAGUCGCUGCCUUUGUUAUGGUGACGCAUGAUUGGGCACUUACAUUCGCAAAAGAGGUGCAAUUGAUCUGGAUGCAACGCUGGUCCCUAAUGACGGUUUUGUAUCUCAGUGUGCGCUAUCUUGGAAUCUUUUACGCUGCCAUAAGUAUACUGGGCUAUGUUCCAACCAUCUCGCUGACAGAUAAAGUGAGCACUAUUGUGUACGCCGUACCGCUUUGGACGAGUGUUGUGGUAUUUUCAAUGCUUGGGGUCAUCACCAUCGCCCGGUUAUAUGCCAUGUAUCGACGAUCCAGGAAGAUCCUGAUAUUUCUCAUUGUCAUCUUCCUGGCCAACAACAUUUUCAGCGAAGUAGUCGCCGUGAUAAUAACCCUACAACUUUCAGGAGAGGAAUUUAUUCUCUCCGGCACUUAUCAAUGCUCGACUGUCCUUGCGGAAGAUGGCCUGCUUCUGGAUUCCAUUGCUUGGAUACUCGGAACUGUGUGGGAGGUCCUCGUACUAUGUCUCGCAAUGUGGAGCGCUAUAAAACACUUCAGCAAAUUACGACAAUAUUCGUCAGGAGAUAUUGUCGGGGAUUGUUUCACGGUGUUGAUGAAAACGCACGUGGUUUACUUUGCGAACUUUGCUGCUAUUUCUUGCUUCCAGCUCGUAUUUAAUUUCUCUAGACCAUUUUUAACGGACCAAAAUUUCUUGGAACUUCUGGUUUAUUCUGGGUUGCAUCAGAUUUUCACAGUCAUGCAGCUGUUUGUGCUAGGACCACGCCUGAUCCUUAGCAUUCGAGAAUAUUACGCAAACCUCGUGACCGACUCCGACGCAGCAACCGGCAUGACCUCGAUCGCUUUCCAAGAGCAUGUGCAUACAUCGACUGGCAGUGGUGUGUAAUACACGGUGAAGCUGACGGUUGUUUAGCGCUCUGUAAGGAGCAAGGAUAUUUAC